AUGGGUCGUCACGCGCCGCGGAUCCAGUUGACUUAUGAGUUGGAAGCAGCAAUGGGGGCGCGCCCUGGGAAGCGAUGCGCGCCCAUGGGAACUCUACAUCUACCUGGGCAAUUACAGAGGUGCCAAUCCGCUCCAAAUAUGGUGGUGACGUCUCCCUUUGGCUGGGCAGCAGACACCCAAUGGUCCAACCAGUCCCAGAACCGCCACUUCCACGACCACCGCCGUCAAGCCGCGCAGCUGGCGCACGCCAUGACGUCGGGGGCCUGGGACGAGGUCGACGCAGAGCAGACGCGUCGCCCUGGCACCGCAGCACCACUGGGCCCACCGGGCGGUGGGGUGUCGCAAGGGGCUGAGGUGAGGCGACCUUCCACAACAGGACAGCUGGGAAGAUAUUCAGGCAGAUAUUCGGCACAGAAGCAUGGCUGGCAACACCCCUUGGGGCAAAUCGAGGCCAAAACAGUGGCAGAUUCAGAUCAGGAGAUUGGGAACUAUGCCUGGGCUUGGAGAGAGAAGGACAACUUCGGUCGCCCUGGGGCUUUAGCCACCCAAAAGCUGCCGAUGAAUGAGAUCAGGGCCAUCAGGGUCACGAGUCCGAGUCCAAAGAAACCAAGCAGGCUCGUGAUGGAUAUCAACAAAGCCACCUGGAACAAUUUGAUUCAUGGAGGCUGUCAAAGCCGCGCCGUCUUCCACAAUAACGCCUUUCCGCCCUCGGCUCAUGUGACCUAUCAAACCCACGAUAUGCGUGGCAUUCCGGUCAACAAGACCUUGACGGGACAGGUACGACAUCAGACGCUACUUGGUCCCCAGUAG